AUGGGAAGCAAAGGCCGCAUGCCACCGCCACAGCAUUUACGCCGUCCGCAUCCACUUCCACCAGGUCCCGCCAUGCUUCACCACGACCAAGUGGGUCCUGCAAUGCACCACCACGCGCUGCCACCUCCAUUUGAUCUCAUGCCGCCGCCUCAGGUGAUGGAACAGAAACUUGCGUCACAGCACGGGGAAAUGCAGAGGCUGGCUACUGAGAAUCAGAGGCUGGCUGCUACGCAUGGGGUUCUGAGGCAGGAGCUUGCUGGGGCGCAGCAUGAGCUGCAGAUGUUGCACGCACAUGUUGGAUCGCUUAAGGCAGAGAGGGAGCAGCAGAUGAGGUCUGUGGUUGAUAAGAUUGCGAAGAUGGAGUCGGAGUUAAAGGCGGUGGAGCCGUUGAAUAUGGAGUUGCAGAAGGCGCGUGGGGAGGCUCAGAGUUUGGUGGUUGCGAGGGAGGAGCUUAUGGCAAAAGCUCAACAUUUGAAUCAGGAAAUUCAGAGGGUUCAUGUUGAUGUGCAGCAGAUUCCGGCUCUCAUAUCAGAGCUUGAGCGUCUCAGACAAGAGUACCAGCAUUGCAGGGCCACUUAUGACUAUGAAAAGAAAUUAUACAAUGACCACCUUGAGUCACUUCAGGUGAUGGAAAAGAACUAUGUUUCUAUGAGUAGGGAAGUGGAGAAGCUUCGAGCAGAGCUUACAAACACGGCUAACGUUGAUCGAAGUAGUGGGCCAUAUGGUGGCACCUCUGGAACUAAUAAUAAAGAGGCUUCUGGUCUUCCUGUGGGACAAAAUGCAUAUGAAGAUGGUUAUGCCGUUGCACAGGGACGUGGUUCUCUCCCUACUGCCAGUAGUGGCGGUGGCAAUGCUACUACAACUACUCCAGCUGGAGCUCAACCUGGUUCAGCUUCUGCGGGAACUGGUUAUGAGGUCACCAGAGGAGGGCCUGGUUACAUUGCAUCUGCAGGGCCUACUUAUGGCACACAGAAUGGUUCUACAUACGACCCGCAAAGGUUGACUGGUUAUGAUGCAUUUAGAGGAUCUGCUUACGAUGCAGCAACGAGAGGACAAAUGUUUGAUGCUCAGAGAACUGGCUAUGAUCCACAGAGAGGUUCGGGUUAUGAAGUACAGAGAGGACCCGCUUAUGAUCCAUCAAGGACAGCUGGCUAUGACGCACAAUCAAGAGGUGGUGCUGGUCCACAGGGACAAGUUCCACCUGUGAACAACAUGCCUUAUGGGUCUGCAACACCGCCUGCUCGUAAUGUAGGUGGUGGUGGAUACGAUGCCGCCCGAGGUGUAAACCCUGCCAGGAGAUGA